AUGUUUUCAAAAAGUGAUCGGAUUUGCUUUCAGCCUACUUACAAUCCUCCUGUUGGCCAUUACGAAAUAAACCAUUAAUAAAAUGCUAAAGGAAUUGAUUUUUCAAAAUCCUUGGCUAGAAACAUAAAUACUAGGUAAAAUGUAAGUCCUUAAAACAACACUAACAAUUUGCCAAGGGUCUCCUUAGCAAGUCCUUAAUUAUCAGCGUAUGCCAAACCUGGUGAAAGGUUGAAGUUUGAAUAGAAAUAUAAGAAACCAGAAAGAAGAAGCUUCAGUUACUCUUAAAAUGCAGACAUUUCAAUUAAUAAUUUCGAGAGUUUGCCCCUUAGAUAAAAAGGCAAGAGACUCAAAAUAGUCUAUCAGAAAUAAAUUACAGAUUAAGAAAAUUCAAUUGAAGAAUCCACCUAAUUAUAAGUCUAAGGAUAUUACAACUCAAGAGCUCAAACCCCUAUGACAGGACUGCCCAAAAGAAGAAAACCUAAAACACACAGGAAUAUAUUUUCUUUAUUUCCAUCUGACAGUUUGGAGUUGGCAUAACAAAGAGAAAAAAUGAAGGAUAAACCAGUACCUCCUCCUGGAGCAUAUUACAAUGAGUUUAAUGGUUCCUCGAUAAAGGUAGAAAAAAUACCUUGGAGAUUCUAGUGCUUCUCUUCAACUGCCAAGAGAUUUAGUUAAUAACAGUAAGAUGCAGGUCCUAGUGUAGGUGCUUAUGAUAUUAAAACAAAAUCUAAAGCCAUUGGAGUUAUUUCACUUGAUAAAUAUAGCAAAAGGGAAGAUAAAUUCCUGAAUUUUCCUGGAGUUGGUAGUUAUGACGUUGAUUAAUCGUUCACAUAAUAAAAACCGAAACAAAAAUAAUAAUAAGAAUUUCCAUCUCCAUUCGGAUCAAGUGGCAAGAGAUUUUGA